AUGGCGCCAACGGAAGCAGGAGUCAAGCGGACGGCGGAGGAGACCCAGACGUCCGCAGUGAAGCGCGUUCGCUUUGCGAACACGGCGUCUUCCAAUGAAGUGACGUCACUUGCUAUUGUUGAAGCGCAGAAGCUCGAAUGGUUUUCCCCAAAGUUCACAUACCAUGCAUUUGGCGCCGAUGAAGCAGUGGACGGCUACGAAGGUCUCAAGAUGAUGGUGACUUUCAAUGGAUUCGACUUUCGCGCGCUGUUGGAUGUUAAGUUCAAGGAAAAGGAAGACACUGCGGGGGAUGUUGUUGCAAAGUUGACAUCGUCACUGCCCAAGGGAUUCGUUCAAGAUAAAGGCGAGUUUGUAGGUGCGCUGCGCAAGGCUGCAACGGACUUUACGGGUCCACCAGGGAAAUGCAUUGAAUCGUAUUGUUUGAAGAGUCAAAUAGAAGAUUUUGCAGAAGAGAGACACUUCGAGAUCUACGAGUGCAAGCUAGAAGACAACGAACCUGCGCAGAAACUACUUGCAAAUUUGCAAACUUUAUCGCUAUGGUUCAUCGAAGGUGCCGAUGCUGUGGAUGUUACGGACCCACGAUGGCUGGCGUAUCUAAUCUACGAGCGGACUGAGGCGGGAGCCGGAGCUUUCCGUCCUGUGGGGUUUAUUACAGUCUUCAAAUUCUUCAAUCCACUAGGACGGAAGGCGGCAUACUGCAAGCCGGACCAGAACGAGACACACCGCAUUUGUCAAGCCCUCAUCUUUCCCACGUACCAGCGCCAAGGCCAUGCUGAGCGUCUGGUACAGUGCAUCCAUGCGCAAGCGGUGGCAAAUGAACACGUAUACGAACUCACUGUAGAGGACCCGGUCCCAGCGUUUGCUAGCCUACGCGACCUGGUCGAUCUCAAGAACUGCAUCAAGAACGAAUUCUUCUCAUUAUCCCCGGAGGCGAGUGCGGAUGCUGGCGGCACUGGACGUGGCACGGAAGCAUUGACGACAGCAGACAUCCACACUGUCCAGGAGAAGCUCAAAAUCACACAAAAGCAGGUGCAGACCUGCUACGAGACGCGCAAGUUCGCGCUCGUGGACCCGAGCGACGAGGCGCAACUCAAGAAAUUUCGGCUUGAGGUCAAGAAGCGGCUGUUUCGCUUGCAUACUGAGGAGCUGGACGGCAUGGGCGCCGACCGCCGCAAAGCUUUCCUCGAGGCCGAGUAUCAGAAACUGGAAGAGCACUAUCGGCAGAUGGCGAUAAAAAAUGGGUUGAUGAAUAUCAACCAAUCGUAG